AUGGCCUCGGCGGCGGCGGGCGAAGCGGAAGAGACCACCCGGCUGCGCAAGCCGCGCUUCUCUUUCGAAGAGAACCAGAUCCUGAUCCGCGAGGUGCGUGCCCACUACCCGCAGCUCUACGGCGCUCAGAGCCGUCGGGUGAGCGUGGCGGAGCGGCGGCGAGUGUGGGACGGCAUCGCCGCCAAGAUCAACGGCAUCACCAGCUGGAAGCGCACGGGCCAGGAGGUGCAAAAACGCUGGAACGACUUCAAGCGCCGCACCAAAGAGAAGCUGGCCCGCGUGCCGCACUCCACGCAGGGCGCCGGGCCUGCCGCCGAGGACGCUUUCUCCGCUGAGGAGGAGACCAUUUUUGCCAUCCUGGGACCGGGUGUGGCGGGGUCAGGAGCUAGUGCAGGGGCCGAGCAGCCCCCCGCGGCUGCUUCUUCACAGCCGCCAGCCCCGAGUGCCUGCGCCCAACGCUAUGUGCUGUCUGAGGAUCGCAGGGAGGAUCGACGCGCGGACACACCAGCCCACGGCAAGGGGGGCUCCAGCAGCCCAGAGCCUUGGGCCAGAGCCUCCUGCAAUCCCCAGGAAGGGGGCUGCCAGCCACCCAAGGAGCGUGAGUCCUCGUCCCCUCCAGCCCUGCAGACGGUCCAGCUGCCCCGCCUGGCCUUGUCUCCGCCGCCCCCAGCCCCUCCAUCACUGCCGCCACCACCCCCACCCCCCCAGCCACCGCAGCAAGCCCAAGCAGCACCCUCGCCCCCCAGCCCCCCACCCCCUCCGCUGCCUCCGCCCCCGGCCCCAGAUCCCUCCCUGGACUUCCUGCGGGCUCAGCAGGAGACUGCCAAUGCCAUCCGGGAGCUGGCGGGCACCCUGCGCCAGGGACUGGCCAAACUGAGCGAGGCCCUCAGCGCCCUGCUGCCCCUUCUGCCGGGAACCCCCGCUGACCCACUGCCCGCACCCCCGCCCCCACCCCCGCCCCCCAGGCCCAUCUUGCCCCCCUCCCCCAAGGUGGAGGUCACCCCAGAGCCGGUGUCCGUGGUGGCGGCCGUGGUGGAUGGGGCCGUGGUGGCAGCCCGGGGGGUGAUCAUUGCCCCGAGGAGCGAGGAGGGGGCCCUCCGGCCACCCCCUGCCCCUCUCCCACCCCAUGACUCCCCCCCCCACAAAAGGAGGAAAAGUUUCCCUACACGGAAGAGGCGGGGGCGAUGGAAAUCUCCCUGA